AUGCCCAGCCGCCACCCGCCCCCGCCCCCACGCCCAAACGUGGCCGGCUUUCCAGCCGCCUUCUCCUCCACCCGGCGGGCCGGCCGCCCGCAAACGCACUGCAGUGCCCCCCCGGGGGCCCCCCGCCGGGAGCCGGAGCGACACCUGCGCGUCCCUCGGGAGCCCGCCCGCCCCCCCCCCCCAUCCGCGGGCCCCCUCCCCAGUGGGCCGGGAGGGCCGGGCUCCUCACCUGCCCCAUCAUCGCCGGCGUCGGGCGUCCCGCGCGGGUCCGGAGGGCGUCGCGGUGCCGGCCGCCGCCGGACACGGGGAGGGAGGAUCGCCGUGCGAGGGCAGCCGGGGAGCGCGGGGGAGCGCAAGGAAGGCUCGGGGCUGGGCAGGGGAGCGCGGGGCAGCCGGAGCUCGCCGGCAGGAGCGCCCGUGCCGUGCGGCGGCUGCAGAGCCGCGGGUGGGCGGGCGGGCGGGCAGGGGAGCCGCGGGGCGGGGCGCGGCGACGGGGCGGGGCGCGGCGCGGGCGCGGGCCGGUCUCGGCUCUCGGCUGCCUGCGGGGCUGCCCGCCCGUCGGGGGGGCCGUCCAGCUGUGCGUCCGGCCGCCUGUCCGGCGCGGGCCCCUCCGCCCGCGGCCCUCGCUGCCUGGCUCUGCCUGGCGAGCCCCUGACUCAACAUUCCCAGCAUUCCCGAGGAGCUGGGCGGUGUGGUGGCUGCGCGUGUGUGCGCGCGUGUGUGUGUGCGUGUGUGUGCGCGCGCCCGGGCGCCUCUCCGCGGGGGGCAGCAGAGAGCUCCCGGCCCUCGCGCGGAGAAGGGGCGGGGACUCCCCUCCAGCCCCGCCCCUCCCGCUCUCACGGCCCGGGACUCCCCGGCUCCCCGAAGCUGGGCCCCGCGCCCCCACGCCCCCCCCCCCGCGCCGGCCCAGCGCGGGCCUCCUCCCUGGCCUCCCGGGGAGCUGCGCGUCCUUCAUUCACUCACCGGCUCCCUCGGGGCCGGCCGCCCUCCCUAUUGCUCCCCGGCGCGCGCUGCCUCCGGGGGGCUCCUGUGGCCGAGGGGGCGGGGGCUCCUGUGGCCGAGGGGGCCGGGGCUCCUGUGGCCGAGGGGGCCGGGGCUCCUGUGGGCGAGGGGGCCGGGGCUCCUGUGGGCGAGGGGGCCGGGGUUCCUGUGGCCGAGGGGGCCGGGGCUCCUGUGGCCGAGGGGGCCGGGGCUCCUGUGGCCGAGGGGGCCGGGGUUCCUGUGGCCGAGGGGGCCGGGGUUCCUGUGGCCGAGGGGGCCGGGGUUCCUGUGGCCGAGGGGGCCGGGGUUCCUGUGGCCGAGGGGGCCGGGGUUCCUGUGGCCGAGGGGGCCGGGGUUCCUGUGGCCGAGGGGGCCGGGGUUCCUGUGGCCGAGGGGGCCGGGGUUCCUGUGGCCGAGGGGGCCGGGGUUCCUGUGGCCGAGGGGGCCGGGGUUCCUGUGGCCGAGGGGGCCGGGGUUCCUGUGGCCGAGGGGGCCGGGGUUCCUGUGGCCGAGGGGGCCGGGGUUCCUGUGGCCGAGGGGGCCGGGGUUCCUGUGGCCGAGGGGGCCGGGGUUCCUGUGGCCGAGGGGGCCGGGGUUCCUGUGGCCGAGGGGGCCGGGGUUCCUGUGGCCGAGGGGGCCGGGGUUCCUGUGGCCGAGGGGGCCGGGGGCUCCUGUGGGCGAGGGGGCCGGGGGUUCCUGUGGCCGAGGGGGCCGGGUCUCCUGUGGCCGAGGGGGCCGGGGCUCCUGUGGGCGAGGGGGCCGGGGCUCCUGUGGGCGAGGGGGCCGGGGCUCCUAUGGGCGAGGGGGCCGGGGCUCCCGCGGCGUCAGACCCCAGGCUUUCCUGGGAAGGAGGAGACGGAGGCCCCCGAGAUAAAUCCCGGGAGGUCCCCAGGGCAGGAGCUGGGCCGGACGCUCUGCGCGGGGGCUGCGCCCACCAGCUUCGCCCUGACUCUUAGGGAAGGGGGGAGGACGUGGAGGAGCGCCCAGGGUGCCCCAGCCAGUUGGCAGCUGGAAAACGGCGCCCGAGGGGCGCGGGCAGGGUCUCGCCUUCCUCCCCAUCCGAGGAAAUUCCCUUGGGAAGAGACCAGACCUGGCCCGCGAAUUCCUCAAGGGACCGACGGAUAA